AUGGCCCUGGAGCCGAUCCAGGAACGCUGGCACCGGAUACCGGACACCGGGGAGGUCGAAUGGUCGAAGACGGUGUCGAGGAAGCGCGGAGGAAAUCGAGAAUCCGAUCGAAUUAUCAGAUCAGAGAAAGGCCGCAUCUUCGGUCACGAUACAGAUGCGAACAGGUAUCAUUGUAUUGCGUUCGUAUCCGUUAAACCUCAAGAGGGUACCGGUAUUCAUUUGCAAUUGAAUACCAGUAUAUGCGAUAUAUAUAUUGCUGAACGCCCGGCGUUCGAAGAAUUGCGGACAGAUCUGUUCGGCGAACUAGACGGCUGCGGAACACCAGCGAGUCUUGAAGGAGGGUAA